AUGGAAGAGGCUACCGGAACCCAGCUUGGCGAGGUUUGGGGAAAUAUGAAACUACCUUCCAAGCUUCAGAUAGUGGAAGAAAUCGUUGCAAUUGAGAAGAAGUUUCUCUCCUUAUCGUUCGCUCACUAUGGGAAUCUAUAUAUCGCAAGCGACGCCUUCCCAGGAUGUGUAGAAGUGCGGGUAGUUGGUGAAGUACCUGAGCUGCUGAAGCAAGAGGUGGCAACUCGUUUCGUUAUAGGUCCAGUAGCUGACCGAGAAUUUUGGCACAAAGAGCGAGCAACUAUGUCUGUCGAUCGCGGCCCCUGGGAACAACUAUCUGAAUACCUCCACGCGAUUCGGAAACGAGAAAUUGACUGGCUAUCACGUCAUGCUGUUUCAAAACCGCGAGGUGGCUUGCUGGCACAGUCGGAGGCUCAGCGUACACCUGCCGCGCACAUCGCACUUUACGAAAAGUUCCUGAAAGUCUCCGAUACUUUGCUGCCUACAGGUGCUCUCGCAAAACCCACUCUUUGGCAUUGGGAUAUUCACGCCCCUAAUAUAUUCGUUCACGAGGAUCUGGUAACUAGCCUCAUCGACUGGCAAGAUGUAUGGAUCGGCCCUCUGUUUCUUCAAGCACGACAGCCACGUCUGGCACGAUACACUGGGGAGAUGCUGCUACGGCUCCCAGGAACCUAUGAAUCCCUGACCGAUCAGGAUGAAAGAGCAAAGUUACGUUCGCAGGUUCAAAGCUCCGUGGUCGCAUACAUCUACGAUGAUGAAACCAAGACCGCAAACCCAAUGCUCGAUAAGGUUAUGCAGUUACCGCAAUGGCGCACGAGGCGAGACGCCGUGGACUUCUCGAGUAACACAUGGGAUGGCGACAUCAUACCCUUCAGACAAUGUCUCAUCUGGAUAGUACGACACUGGAAGGAGAUUGAAGCAGAUAUGCCCUGCCCAAUUAAAUUCACAGAUGAGGAAAUCCAGGAGCACUACCGAGAUGGUGGAAGAUGGAAUGAUAUCGCAGACUUCUGGGACUCACUGGAGGGACUUGUCAAUCGCGACGGAUGGACAUCAAAUGAGACGUACGAACAAGCUCGUGAGAUAUUCGCGCAACUCAGGGAGCAAGGACUGCUGAGCCUUGGCGGCGAAGAACGAGACGAAUUUGAGAAGGGUACACGAUGGGCAGAGCAAAGAACGGAGCGCGAUUAA